AAAACUGUACCAACGAACUGCCUCACUAAUCCAGGGUAAACAAAAAUUGUGUUGUUUAUCAAAGUGGAUUUGGAUACCAGACCGGACUUGGCCAUGUCGAAGCUAAACGACACCAAGAUUCCGAUCACGGACUUUCUGGAGGCCUACCGCCGCCAGCCGUGCCUCUACAACUCGCUGAUGGACACGUACAAGAACCGAGAGUCCCGGGAGGAGGCCUACGGAGCGAUAAUCCGUGCCUUGAAGAUUCCCCAACUAACCGUGGUGGACAUUAAGCUGAAGAUAAAGAGCGUCCGCACCGUCUACUCGAAGGAGCUGCGCAUAUGGAUGCGGGAGAAGGAGCUGGGCCGGAGCUACGAGCCCAAGUUGUUUUGGUUCAAGCUGGCGGAUUCCUUCCUGCGAUCCGUAUCUCUUUCCCACGGCAAAAAGUCCAAGAACAAGAAUGGAAGUGCUCAUCAGACUCCCAUUAAGUCAGAAUCCAUGGUGCCGUCAGUGAAGAUGCUUUUCAACCCCUCUGCCGACAUCAGCAUGAGCGAAGAUGCCCUGGAGGAGGAGGAAGAGGAGGAUGCAGCGACAGCUGCAACCGAAGAACCAGAGCACCAUGAACAGGACACUCAGGAGAAGGCAGCCGAGAGCAACUGCCUCAUAAACGUAGCCAGUGAGAGCGCCCGGGGCAAAGCGGAGCCUAUCAUUGACGACUCUUCUCUGUGCAUGGUGGAGGAGCCCCAGCACCAGCACCAGCACCAGCAACGGCAGCCGCAGCACCUGAAUCCCCCCUCGUUUGCGCAACAUCCCUCCCACCAUCAACCCGGCCCGCCAGCACAAAGAAAAAUGAAGUACAACCCAGCCGGAUGCGAGGCGGCCAGCGACGAUGAGCUGAUGAUCUUCGGCCAGAGCAUAGCCUCCCAGCUGCGCAACAUCACCGACUCCUACUCGAGGUCCGUGGCCAAGCUGCGCAUCCAGCAGGUGCUCUUCGAGGCGGAGACGGGUCACUUUCAGAACGUCGACGCCACCAGUCCCCCGCAGCUGCAGCAUACCUUCUAAUCCAUAGAGUUUAAAUGAAUCCAUAUAGUCUAUAGACCGUAGUUCGGAAAUCCGAACUGGAAAAGGAUAGUGGACUCUUUUCCUUAAGUUUUUUUUUUAAAUGCAUUUAGUUUGCUCUAAAACGCAAAAUAAAUGUGCAGUAAUUUUAUUCCCAGCUUAAGUUUAAUUUAUUAAAUGUGUAAAUAUGUAUUAAUAAUAAAAUACAUAAUUUUAGACCUGAUAAAAAGUUUUGUU